AUGGACUUUUUCAAAUCGGCCGUCGCCUCGGCUAUGGCCAAAGGGCCUCCUUUCCCCUACAGUUUUGGCGAUAAGGUGGACCUUGACCCCUCCAUUUGGACCCUUUACAACGGCACCCGAAGGGAGGACGGUUCCAACUGCAGCAUCUUCUCGUUCGACAUCACUACCAAUCGUUCCGCGCUGCCUCUUGCCAAGAACGCGGUUAAGAAGUUGAGGACACUUCGACACCCCGGCGUCAUCAAAGUGCUCGACACAGUCGAGACCGAAUCAUAUAUUUACAUUGCGACCGAGCGCCUAGUGCCCCUGCGGUGGCCUGUUAAACGCAAAAGCCUUAGCCCCGAGACGUCAAAAUGGGGUCUUUACAACGUUGCGAGAACGAUCAAGUUCAUCAACGACGAGGCAUCCUCUGUCCACGGCAGUCUAAAGGUGGCUUCGGUAUACACCACCGAAAGCGGAGAAUGGAAACUCGGCGGAUUCGAGGUGCUCAGUAAUGUUAAAGACGACGAGGCGGUGAUCUACACGUAUGGCAGCCUUGUACCCGACUCGGGGAGGUACACACCCCCUGAACUCGCUAGGUCCGGCUGGGAUGCCGUCAAGCGCAGUCCCCACCAGGCUGUUGAUGCUUACCAGUUCGGCGCCCUGGUGUUCGAGGUCUUUAACGGCUCCUUUGGCGGCGGCGACCAGGCGGGGCAGACCAAGAACAUACCGCCAAGCAUGCAGUCAAGCUACAAGCGCUUGACCAACCCCAACCCCAAGUCAAGACUGAGUGUUGCCCAUUUCCUCGAACAAGGCCGUCGCAAUGGCUCUUUCUUUGACUCGCCAUUGAUCAAACUUACCGACGGCAUUGAAAACUUGGGCGUCAAGUCAGAGGAGGAGCGUGAAGCGUUUCUCGACGAUUUGGAGCAACUCACGGAUGACUUCCCCGAGGAUUUCUUCAAGAUGAAAGUGCUUCCAGAACUCUUGAAAUCGGUCGAGUUCGGCGGUGGAGGCCCCAAGGCCUUCUCCGUCGUAAUGAAGAUCGCCACGAAACUGUCAAAUGAGGACUUCGAGGUCAAAAUCACCCCAAUAUUGAUCCGCCUGUUUGGGAACCCCGACAGGGCCAUCCGCGUCUGCUUAUUAGAUAACUUACCUCUUAUGAUUGACCGGCUACCUCAACGGGUUGUUAAUGACAAGAUAUUUCCACAAAUCGUCACCGGUUUCACCGACGUAGCGCCUGUGGUAAGAGAGCAGACGCUCAAGUCUGUUCUCACGCUCAUCACGAAACUCUCAGAUCGAACCAUAAACGGCGAGCUGCUGCGAUACUUAGCGAAAACAGCCAACGACGAGCAGCCAGGGAUCCGUACUAACACGACGAUUUGUCUUGGCAAGAUUGCAAAGUAUCUUGGAAGCUCUUCGAGGUCCAAGGUCCUUAUUGCCGCUUUUACACGGUCACUGCGUGACCCCUUUGUUCACGCUCGUAACGCAUCCCUGAUGGCGCUCUCCGUGACAUCCGAGUACUUCUCCGACGAGGAUUGUGCCCAUCGCAUCGUACCUGCCAUUUGCCCUUCCUUGAUCGACAAAGAAAAGCUCAUCCGCGACCAAGCGAGCAAGACCAUCGACGUCUAUCUCGCAAAGAUCAAAAAGGCGGCGGCCACAAUGCCCGAGACCAUACUUCCGCCAGAAACCUCGGCUGCUGCUGCUGCUGGCCCUCGGAUGAGUACCCCGCAGCCCACGGAGUCGGCCGCUGCCUCUUGGGCUGGUUGGGCCAUUUCCUCCUUCACAAACACCUUGUCUAGUGCGGCGGGUGAAAUUCAGUCUUCCUCAACACCCGUUAAUGGGGCGGUGGCCGCACCCCCAAAAAAGCACCCUGCGACACCCUCUCAGACCCUCUCUAUCCCAUCUAUCUCCAAACCCCCAUUGACCCCAACCGCUCUCACGAACAAAGAGCGUUUCUCUCACGAGCAGUCUUUCCACGACGCCAACAGCGACAACGCGGACGCGGACGAUGGAGCUGAUGCAUGGGGCGAUAUGGAUAACAUGAUUGACGAUGAUGACACAACAGCCGGCAACAACGAUGCCAGCUCAGCGGCCGAACUUUUCGCCACGGCAGGUCCGAAGUUGCUUAGUACCGCGACGUCCACCACCACCACCCCUCCUAAGAGCAGCACUAAGCCCUCGAGUGCUCUUACUAGCGCAACCGCAACACCCUUCGAUGAUGGCUCGGAACCAGAUUUCGCGGGCUGGCUGGCUGCACAAGCACAAAAGAAGGGCGGGGGCUCCGGAAAAGUCCUGCCAAAGGGUUUGUCCAAAUCGAGCGGGGCGUCAAAUUCUUCGUUAGGCCCCGCUAAGAAGGCGACCGCAAGUGGCGGUGCGGGGAAGACGAGUAAAGUGCUUUCAGCGGCGCCGGCGAAGAAGAAGAAAGCGAUUGACAUGAAGCCGAAGCAAGCGGAUGAUGAGGAGGAUGGGUGGGGCGGGUGGUGA